CCAUCGCCCUCAGGUCUUCAACUGCGACGGAAGUGACCGGUGUUCUUCGAACGAAGGUAGCGACUGCUAUGCGAUGUGGAUGUGUUGUUGAUCCUAACCUUGGUGUAUGAUUUGGGCUUUUCCAUCUGCCCAAGUCCUAAAACAACCCUGUGGAGUACACCUGAUCGAGGACUUACCCGUUACUCCUUUGCGUGCUUCGAUUGUCGGGUCAUUUUGGAGUGCACUUCUGUAUAUUUUGUCAGGAGGUAGGUGGUGAUUACCUCGGUGAAGAUCCAUCCAGGCCUUCUUGGUUGCGUGAUUGUAGAGGUCUGGCACAGAGUUGUGUAACUCAGAAGUGGGAGAACAGGUGGUGUCGGGCCCCAUUGUGGAUCCCCAACUGGAGCAUCGGGAGGUGGCAGGCUCAGGCAGAGCAGCAUAGCAGGGCCAUGAGUGGGCAGGCGGGGGCCGGGGCUGGGAUGCGGGGUCGUCGCGGGCGGGAGCGUGAUCGGGAGCUGUCGUCGCUGCAGCAGCAUCAGCAUCAGGGCAUGGACGCCUCAUGCUGGCUGGCUCCCAGCGCCCUGCGUCGGCUGGUGGAGCUGCCGUCCCCGCCGCUCUCCCGCCACCAGCUGAAGCGGCUGGAGGAGCACCGCUACAGCAGCUCCGGCCGCUCCCUGCUGGAGCCCAUCAUGCAGCGCUACUGGGAGUGGCUGGUGUGCUGCAUGCCUGCCUGGAUCGCGCCCAACCUCAUCACCAUCGUGGGCCUGGCCACCAACGUCUUCACCACUCUGGUGCUAGUGUAUUACUGCCCCACUGCCACCGAACAGGCACCACUGUGGGCAUAUCUGCUCUGUGCUGUGGGCUUGUUUGUUUACCAGUCACUGGAUGCCAUUGAUGGAAAGCAGGCCAGGCGCACUAACAGCAGUUCACCACUGGGAGAGCUCUUCGAUCAUGGCUGUGACUCCCUGUCCACAGUGUUUGUGGUCCUGGGCACCAGUAUUGCCGUGCAGCUGGGCACUAACCCAGACUGGAUGUUCUUCUGCUGCUUCGCGGGCAUGUUCAUGUUUUACUGUGCCCACUGGCAAACCUAUGUCUCCGGUACCCUGCGCUUUGGCAUCAUUGAUGUGACUGAAGUGCAAAUCUUCAUUAUUGUCAUGUAUGUGCUGGCUGCCAUUGGAGGAUCCGCUUUUUGGCAGUCUCCGAUUCCUAUAAUUAACAUUCAAAUGAAAAUAGUUCCUGCCAUAUGUACAUUCGCAGGAGUUAUCUUUUCCUGUACUAAUUACUUCCGGGUUAUAUUUACUGGAGGUGUGGGCAAAAAUGGAUCCACAAUAGCAGGAACAAGUGUCCUCUCUCCUGUCCUUCACAUAGGUUCUGUUAUAAUCUUGGCUAUGAUGAUCUAUAAAAAAUCUGCUAUUCAGCUCUUUGAAAAACACCCAUGUCUUUAUAUAUUGGCAUUUGGCUUUGUGUCUGCCAAGAUCACUAACAAAUUAGUGGUUGCACAUAUGACAAAAAGUGAAAUGCACCUUCAUGAUGUAGCAUUUCUUGGUCCUGGGCUGCUAUUCCUAGACCAGUAUUUCAACAGUUUUAUUGAUGAAUACCUGGUGCUGUGGAUCGCCCUGAUUCUCUCCUUCUUCGAUCUGGUGCGUUACUGUGUCAGUGUUUGCAAUCAGAUUGCCUCCCACCUUCACAUCUUUGUCUUCAAAAUCAAGCCACUGACCACUGCACCUAUUCAGUGACAACUCCACUGCCAGCUAUAUGAUGACUUCGCUUGUUUGUAGUACUCGGUUUCCCUUUUUUUUGUCCAGGACAGGGUAGAGUAGGCACUUCUAAUGCAAAUGAAUGAUGAGGACUUUCCCAGGAGGAAUUUGUUAGAUGUAUAAUUUAUUUCUUCUAUCACUGUUAUGUGCAACCUGUGUUACUGAUUUGUUUCAUUUUCUCACCCGUACCACAAAACACAAUGGUAUCUUAAAAUAUAUCAUUAAAAUGAGAUUCAAUUGCUCUUUAGAUUUACUUCUGUGGGACAGAAUGAAGUUAUAGAACAACGGAACAGUGUUCAUUUAUAGGAAGGAACUGGCUGAAAAAUAGGUGCUAUUUUAUUCAAUUCUAACCAUUAUCUGCUUGCAAUCAUCCAGGCUUUAGCAGCUGAUAAAAAUACAGGUUCCUUGGCCGUCUUACCUUUACUGAGGGUUUGAAUUUUAAAUAAUACAAUUAAGUAAUAUAAUUACAUCGGUAUAUCUAUCAGUUUAACAACAUCAAGAACGACGUCAAGAAAUGUUACAAUAUACAUACCACAUUUACUGUUUUGAUUUCCACAUCAUUAAGUCACAUUAUGAAAAUAUUAGUAUAAUAUAGUGUUCACCGAAGGCAGACCUGCCUACACACUUCCAGAUGUAAUAGGCGUACAUUUAGUUUAGAAAGCAAAAUGUAUUUCCCUUCUGGUGAACAACUUUCAUCUGCCAGUUGUGAUUCUGUACCUUUCAAACCAGGCAACAUUUAUUUCACUUGUGUUGUCACAUGGGUUUGAUAAGUAUUAUUUGGAAAUUCGUUCAAAAAGCUGGUGUAGUGCACUUACGUGUUGUAGAUAGGUCCUGUAUGUAAUUGUAAUUUACAGGAUAUAAAUGUAGUUUCUACAACAGUUACUGCAUGCACUUCACAAUUAUUGCAGUGACAUCUCUUUAUCAGUCAUCACAAUUAAAAUGUAGACAUGAGAUGUAAAUAUAUCACAACUGUCCUUCCCAGCGUAACGUAUUUGAGAUGUUUAAGUGUAUUGCAUUCAUUAUUGUCAAUUAGUGCUGCUCUGGACAUGGUAUUUGGUUAUAUUCCAUUAUACUUUAAGCAAAAAAAACAACAACUUUGUUUUGUUACCCCUUCUGCAUCAAAUGUGUCCCUUUUCUUAUAUUUAUUGCUUUUUUUUUUUUUUUUUUUUAAACCUUUGCUUUGCGUGCCUGACUUUUAUUUAUGCUGCACUUCGGCUUUCUGCCUAAAAGACUGAAUGGAUUCUAAAGUUUAAAUAAAGUGGCAGAGUGUCAUUUAGCUUAAUUUACACAUUUAUUUAAAAACAAAAAUAAUUUGGUUACUCUGUCAUAUAUCAGCUUUGUUGAUGGGAACAUUUGUUUGUUUGUGCUUAGUUUUCUUGACAACAGUAGUAAAGACGAGCAGAUGGUAUGUGUGGAGAUUCAAAAAUAUAUAUGCACUGAUGUGUCCCAGCAUGCAACUCUGUUCAUCAAAAGCUUUUUUUUCACAUUUGUUGUGUCUCUGAUAUUGCAUGUUAUUUGCAUUAUUACUUUUAAGUGCAAGCCCAACAUUUGUUAUUUGUUAUCAAAUAUUUCACGAAAUGUAAAACAUGCUGCUUGUAGCAUUCUCGUCCAAUGUCCGACAAGAAAAUAACCGCUUUGGCACAUAUUAGAAUUAUAAGUGGAAGGGAAGGUAAAGCUGUAGUAGCUGUGUCCUACAUGCUGACCUCUUGUAUUAAUCACUGCAUACGCACAUUGCUUAGCCAGAAAUAUACUAACAAGUGCACCAGGGUCUUUUUCAUGGCGUGGUUUUUCUCUUCUUGCUUUGAACCAUAGAACCAUAUGUGCGAUGUUAUAUUGGCAGGACUAAUUAUGAUAAACUUAUGUAAUGGAAGUGAGAGGUCAUGUCUGGCCACAUUUCUUGCUGUUCUGUAUUGUCGCUUUUAGCUCAGGGGUGCCAUUCCAAGUACAUGGUUUAGUGACAAAUCUGGGUAAGUCAACUGAGAGUAAGUGGUAAACCUCCUUAUACAGGAGCCCCAUGGCUUAAUUGUCCUAAGUAAAACAAAGCCACAUGGCUCUUCUUUUAGGGGGUAUACCACUUGGAGUUAACUUACCCAAGUUCGUCACUAAACCACGUACUUGGAAUACCCCCCAAGUACUUCAACAUGAGUAAUGCUUAUAGCUGUUGCCUUAAAAGUAGUUCUGAAUUACCCUUAAAUCUUGGGUUAACAUUUUAAGUUCAUACCUCUCUAUCAAGCUUGUUAUUCCUAUGUCGGUACUGAGAAUGAGGUUGAUUUCUCCCCCACCCUUUUAGUUUGUUUCUAGAUGGCCAAGCUCAGGUAUACUCUAGGAUGUUUAACCGUGUUUGCAUGUACCCAUAGACGAGAGGAACAAACAUAAGACAAUCUACCCAUUACCUAACAAUGCAGUUCUCCCUGUCCAUUUGCAAAUGCUGCUACCGGCCCUGUUGAAUUCGUUUGUGAGCAUACUUUUCUGCCUCAUCCAUGUAAUGCCUAUGAUGUGUAUCUUACUGGUGGAAGUAUGAAUGUUGGGUUGAUCAAACUGAUGGGGAAAAUAUGCCUGUUCCAGACCUGUACCCUGAAUAUCUUGGACGGGUCUAUAUGUUUAGGUCAAUACUAUCACAAGGUUGUACAGAACAGAAAACUUGGUGGGGUUUUCUUGUUGUUGUUUUUUGAGGAAAGUCAGUAGAAUAUGGCCAUUGUACUGCAGUGGCAUUAACCAGCUAAACCUUCUUUAUAGAAUUCCUCCAUAUGUGUUCUGCAUGAAAUGCUUGCCCAUUCGUCUAUUCAAUUCUGUAUGUUUAUUUUGUUUUUUUAAUUUAGUAAAAUGUUUUCCUUUGUGGGUUUAAAGGUCAAUUUUAAUUAAUUAACUAAAUUAUUAAAUAAUAUCUGUUGGCACUGGCCACUACUGAAUGGGCUAACAUUUACGUCAUAGUCGUAACAUAUUCUGUUUCUAGAGGCCAAAUAUUCUGGAAAGAAGUAAAGUUGUACAUAAAAAUGAGGCUGUUUGUUGAGUGGUUGAAAUGGGUAGGCUGUUUCACAUACAUUAUGGCCAGCUGUAGUGUCUUUAACUGAAUCAAAAUAUGGCAACAUCACAGAAUGUUAAGGCGUUCUCGUAAAGCCUGUCAAAAUUCUGGCAGGGCAAUGAUAACUUCUGUGUACAGCUUUUCCUUUUAAAAGAAAUUACUUUACAUUGUGUGCUGACUGUUUCUGGCAAACUAUGGUAAGCUGACUUCUCUGUCUCUAUUGGUUUGUAAGAGUUGCUGUUCUCUCAUUUUGGAAUAAAAAGCACCUGUAAAAAAUAAAGAUUGCUAUAUUUAUGAUAA